GGAUGGCCCCGUAGGUCUUGCUGCGCUCCCCCCUCGGCUGCUCUGCAAAUACCCGCACUUUUAUUUGGGUAAUUACGGGCCCUUCGCCUUCCUGUCCUCCACUGAGCAUGUCUAGCUCGCGGGUCACGUGACGUCUGUCAUGGCCGCUUCCGUGUCGCGGGGCGGCGUGAAUGCGGGGUUCCUCCUGUGGGCAGCCAGGGGUGCCUGGUGGAGCCGCCCUGGGGCCUUUUGGGGGACGGGGGAGGUGGCAGCGCCGGCGACAGUCAGGAAAUUCCGGGUGACAGGCUCGAGCCCAGCGCGGGAGGAGGAAGCCGGUGGUCCCGAGCGGCCCGGGGACGUAUUCCACCAGGGCCCCGGGCCAUCGUCCAUUUCGGCAUCCGCACCCCCAUCUGUCCUCAGGGUGAACGUGGUGUUUGUAGACCGGUCAGGCCAGCGGAUUCCGGUGAGCGGCAGAGUUGGGGACAAUGUUCUACACCUGGCCCAGCGCCAUGGGGUGGACCUGGAAGGGGCCUGUGAAGCCUCCCUGGCCUGCUCCACCUGCCACGUCUACGUAAGUGAGGACCACCUGGACCUUCUGCCUCCUCCUGAUGAAAGCUGGACCAGUGUGCCCACUGCUAACUGCUGCCCUCCUUGCCCCAGGGAGGACGACAUGCUGGACAUGGCCCCCCUCCUCCAGGAGAACUCCAGGCUGGGCUGCCAGAUUGUGCUCACGCCUGAGCUGGAAGGAGCUGAAUUCACCCUCCCCAAGAUCACCAGGAACUUCUACGUGGACGGCCAUGUGCCCAAGCCCCACUGACACGGGCAGUUGGACCCCCAUGGUCCCAGAUACCCAUGGCCCCAGCACCAGGACUGGAGGAAGAGCUAAGUUGCCAGCCCAGCCCAGAGCUUGGACAGGCCGGAGAGACAUGUCAGAAGCAUCCAGAAGACCAAACAAAGCCCUUGCUUCAGAGAGACCCCAUGGCCAGGCUCUGGUGGCGGACAGGGCCCCUGCUGGGGUGACUGCCCCCAAACUCCUGAGGGUGGGAGUGUAGAUGGGUGGAAUUGAGUUGGAGUGACAAUAAAACUGUUUCACAGAC